AUGGCGAUGGAUGGUGAUGAGGAAGAUGAGGCUGUGGUGUGGAUCGGCGGCGGGAAGAAGAACGGAAACUCACCCGGGAAAAGGCUAGCAGAGCCACAGGAAGAGCCGCACAAGUCACUCGUACUCAAUAUCAACACUAUCACUUAUUCAACACUAUCAGUCGGUCGUCAGCCAGCAGUCGGUCGUCAGCAGCCAGCAGUCGGUAGUCAACAGUCGAUAGUCGUGCAGUACGUGGCGUUCGGCAGCCGCAUCGCAGUUAUAUCUGCCAACGAGAAAGGAGAAAAGGGAGAGCAGAAACCGGACGAGGCCAGGGGUGAAACGCAUGAAGAACAGGACCGUCCUCCACCGUCUCUGCUCUGGCCGUCCUCUACCCUCCUACUGGCUCUGACGGCCGCUGCUGGCGUGUCUGCUCGCUGGUCUCUGCCUCAGGCCUGGUGGAGCCGCUGA